CGCCGGGUGGGGGAGGGGUGGGCUCGCGCCGCCGCCGCGGCCGAGCGCUCCUCCCCUCCCCCGGCGUUCCGAGGCCCGGGCGGCUCUGCCCAAUGAGGAGCGGCGUUGCUGGCAGGUGGGGAGUGUUUUUGUUUUGGGUUGAAGUUGAGGCUUUGGAGAGGACCGAGCUAGCGACUGGCAGUCGUCGCGGCCGCGGACGCCGCGGGCGGUGGUGGAGGCCCCCGCGGGACUCGAGCGGCCUCUCCUCCGCGUCGGCCGGGCGAGCCUCGCCUUGCCGCCGCCGCCGCCUCCUCCCGCUCCCGGAACUCCGGGGCCUGCCCUGGCCCCUAUCUUUGCACUCCGCACGCCGCAGCGCCCUGCCCGGGCCGCACCCGCCGGCCCCAUGAGGAGGGACGUGAACGGAGUGACCAAGAGCAGGUUUGAGAUGUUCUCAAACAGUGAUGAGGCUGUAAUCAAUAAAAAACUUCCCAAAGAACUCCUGUUGAGGAUAUUUUCUUUCCUGGAUGUUGUUACCCUGUGUCGCUGUGCUCAGGUCUCCAGGGCCUGGAAUGUCCUAGCUCUGGAUGGCAGUAACUGGCAACGGAUAGACCUGUUUGAUUUCCAGAGGGACAUUGAGGGCCGGGUAGUGGAAAAUAUUUCAAAACGAUGUGGAGGCUUUUUACGAAAGUUAAGUCUUCGUGGGUGUCUUGGAGUAGGAGACAAUGCAUUAAGGACCUUUGCACAAAACUGUAGGAAUAUUGAAGUACUAAGUCUCAACGGAUGUACAAAGACAACAGAUGCUACCUGCACUAGCCUUAGCAAGUUCUGCUCCAAACUCAGACACCUCGACUUGGCUUCCUGUACGUCAAUAACAAACAUGUCUCUAAAAGCUCUGAGUGAGGGCUGUCCACUGUUGGAGCAGUUGAACAUUUCCUGGUGUGACCAAGUAACCAAGGAUGGCAUUCAAGCACUAGUGAGAGGCUGUGGGGGUCUCAAGGCCUUAUUCUUAAAAGGCUGCACUCAGCUAGAAGAUGAAGCUCUCAAGUACAUAGGUGCACACUGCCCUGAGCUAGUGACUUUAAACCUGCAAACUUGCUUACAAAUCACAGAUGAAGGUCUCAUUACCAUAUGCAGAGGGUGUCAUAAGUUGCAGUCCCUCUGUGCCUCUGGGUGCUCCAAUAUCACAGAUGCCAUCCUGAACGCUCUAGGUCAGAACUGCCCUCGACUUAGAAUAUUAGAAGUGGCCAGAUGUUCCCAGUUAACAGAUGUGGGCUUCACUACCCUAGCCAGGAAUUGCCAUGAGCUUGAGAAGAUGGACCUAGAAGAAUGUGUGCAGAUCACGGAUAGCACAUUAAUCCAGCUUUCCAUUCACUGUCCUCGGCUUCAAGUGUUGAGUCUUUCUCACUGUGAGCUGAUCACAGACGAUGGAAUCCGUCACCUAGGGAAUGGGGCCUGUGCCCAUGACCAGCUGGAGGUGAUCGAGCUGGACAACUGCCCACUAAUCACCGAUGCAUCCCUGGAGCACUUGAAGAGCUGUCAUAGCCUUGAGCGAAUAGAACUCUAUGACUGCCAGCAGAUCACCCGGGCUGGCAUCAAGAGACUCAGGACCCAUUUACCCAACAUUAAAGUCCACGCCUACUUCGCCCCUGUCACUCCGCCCCCAUCAGUCGGGGGCAGCAGACAGCGCUUCUGCAGGUGCUGCAUCAUCCUAUGACAGCGGGGUGGCCCACCGUGUUGAACUGAGUAUUUAAUGACACUUCUAGACAUACCGUGGAGUCUCUCCGGUGGAAGCGACCCCAGCAUUCUGGGCAAGGGUUACAAAGUGAGGGCAGCGUCCAGAUCCCCAGAGCCGCACAUGCACAGGCACAGGCGUCCUCACCCCAUCUGCUGUGGUUCUGGGACCAUGGCUCUGAAGUUCAUGCCGGCUGUAACAAGUGGGUUGGUAAAACCUAAGCAUUCCCGUUGGACAUGCCCAGAAGCAAUCGCAGGCCACGGUAGAGGGAGGGGACAUUCCAGCAGAGCCCAGUGUUAAUGCUUCUGUGGUUUCUUCAUUUUAUUAAGGGGUUUCUGUGGGGGGUGUGGAACAGUAACUAUGAUCCUCCAGGGUGAGAGGUAGCAUGGAAAACAAUAUAUGACGUAUCCAGGGACCAGAAAGAAAACUUCUCCACAUCCUAGAAAUGGUAGCCAUCCAUUGGGAGACUCGUGGGCUUCCUUGUUCCCGUGCUGACAUGCUGAGCAUGCUCACAGAGAAAGCUCAUCCUUUCAUCUGGUGUUUGUGUAUUUGACCCAGAGAUUUUUUAGCGGCUGCAUUGAAAUCACUGGGGUCCAAAUAGAAUUCCUUUUCUUACCUGCUCAGUUUGUCACUGUAUGUCACUGCACCUGUCUUCCGUUCUCUCGCUCACUGCCAUUCACUCGCUCACUCUCUCUCUCUCUCUCUCUCUCUCUCUCUCUCUCUCUCUCUCUCUCUCCCUCCCUCCCCCUCCUCUUCAGUCUGUCCUCAGGAUGCUGCCCACUCGAUUGUUACUAUGUUGCUAUUUGUUGUGUUUACAGUUUGCAUUUUGGAUGAAUUAGUUGGGGUCACCAAACAUUUUUAAAAGAAACAUCAAUAAAUAUUUUUUUAAUCUAACUUUUACCAUCAGGGGACCCUGCCUGAAUCUUUGCCAGUCUGGAAAGAAAUUCUAACAAAAGCAGGAAAGUUAUGAUAAGAAAUAGUCGGACUGUUUGGAUGGAAAGAAACUUUCCUUAGGGUUUCUGUUGUAUCCUAUGCUGUAUGCUGGUUUGCACGCUGUGCGCUGUCCCCCACGUGCUGCCCCACCCCACCCCCACAUUUCCUUCCUUCAAACUCACUGAGCUUACAAGAGAAGUGCAGCAGUGUGUAGGGUGGGUGAUGAAUCCCAAGCUGAGCCUGGAUUCCCCGCUCCCCAAGCUCCAGCACAAAUGACCUGUGUCCUGUGCCAGCGGGCGGUGGGUGUGGCCUCUGCCUGUGUCCGAGUUACUUGAGUUGCUUGCUUUGCAGCUGUGCUGCCGGAGGUGGGGGCUGCUUUUGGUUUCUUGGUCUCCUCCCACAACUAAUCCCAGGAGGGAUACAAGAAGAGCCCUGUAAUAGCUGGCUGCUGUGUGUAAACACAAGACCUGAGCAUCUCCGCUCAGACUUCCUCUGAAAGGGGACAUGAAAGCAGCCAGCCAGGAGCACUGGGGCAGCCAGAGGGCCCGGAGAGGGAGUAGAGGGCUGAGAGUCUAUCAAACCUGGAGAGGGAAUGGGAGGCUCAGAGUCUACCAAGCCUGAGCACCUGACCCCAGAGCGUGGGAAUAGGGUUAGUACCUAUGGCUCAGUCAAGAAAAAGCCUCUUCAGAGAAACACACAGAGAAUGGGAGAAAUGAAAUGAGUUUCUAAGGCAUAUUUCUAAACCCCAAUGGUAGAAGCUUUGUGUGUGUUCAUUAGAGUAUUGGGAGAGGGGCUUUUGGGACCUGGGUGUGCAAGCCUGUGACCCUGGCAUGUUAAAAGGGAGGGCUGUUUCAUGCCAUAGGUGCAGGUUCUGCCAGAAUAUAUAGGAAGAAAGUCUGAUGGAUUUCUCCAUUACUGUAGAACACAGAUGGAAGGCCCUCGAACGCUAUGCUCCCACAUUUAUUUAUCAUAUUAAACUUAUUGAAAAUUUAUUUUAUUAUGCUCUUUUGAAAGCUAAAUUACUUGUGUUUUUAUUCCUUUUCCCCUUUAUGUUCAAAUUACCUUGAGAGAAAUCUCCUUUUUCCUCUGAGACCGUCUUGUUACAUUGCUCACCUGACUGCUCUCAGUCACCUGGACUCCAGUUACCCUCCACUUCAGCCAGCAGCAGCACCCUGAGCGGCUCUGACUCGAGGCUAGUACUGCUUUACCAGACUGGCGUACCUCCUACCCUCUACACACACACACACGCACACGUGUGCACACACACACACACACACACACACACACACACACACCAUCGCCCAGAGAAAGGCUUAUACUCUGUAGCCCUGGCUGGCCUGGAAUCUUUCUUGUCUCGGCCUCCUUACUGCUGGGAUUAUAAAGUUAGGCACACUAGCUCACAUACACACUUGCAAAUGUAUUUAGAUGUAGAUACCCUAGGUCUUUCAAACAAAAUCAAAAGAAGGUGAGGGACCAUCAGCUCUAAACUAUGUCGUUUGGGGUUUUUUUUUCCCCUAAGUGCCUAAUAAGUUGACAGUAAGACCUGAACACUGAGGAGGUAGCAGACUCGGGUCUGAUUGCCCCAGUCUGCGUCAUUCAGGAACUCUUUGGUAUCCGUUCAAGUUUGAAUGAGUUUCCUAACUACUAGUGUGUUAGAAGUCUUGAAAAGGGCUGUCUGCCUGCUCAGAGUGUUGCUACACACAGGUUCGUUUUCUUUGUCUUGGUGACCCCUGCUCGUAAGGCAAAUCACCUUUCUGGGCCAAGAACCCGAGUCAAAGCAGGGAUGAGGGGGUCUGCUGAUGCACAGCUCUGGCACGGUCAAGCGGGCGUCCUAUUCCUUCCUUAAGUAACACAGGCCCAUCAUGCAUAGAGGAGCAUAGAGAAGUACUGACCUCUGAAUCCAAGUGGAUUCCACUCCCUACAUGUGGAAUACUUGUAAGAAUUGGAUAGGGUUUUGGUUGGGUUGAUGGGUUUGGGGUUGUUUUUAGGACCUGCCAUGUGUGGAGCCCGGUGCCUUCUCAAGCAUUAAGCAGGUCUUCUACCACUGAGCUGUAAUCGUCAGUUCUAGUAAGGUUUAGUGUGAAAAGUUCCUUUUUGAGAAAGCCUAUUGGGGGCUAUGAGUCUGAUACCAGCACUCCUGUAGCCAGAUGGGCGGUGGGCAGAGGCAGGAAAAUCCGCCAGAAGCCUGAGGGCCCUCCAUCUCCAACCUGGAGCACAUAACACUGACAGAAGCAAAACAGACCCUGCCAUACCAAGGUGUGGAGGGAGAGCUGUCCUGUGACCUCCAUACAAGGUGUGGCAUGUACGUGCCUGCACUUCACAGUAAGGAUAUAAAAGAGGGAUAAAGUGAGGUAUAGUGGUUUGUGCCUGUAUCUCGACACAGAAGAUGCAGAGGCUGGAGGGCUGCUGCGAGUACCCGGCCAGAUUGGGGUACAUAGCAAGGGGGCGGGGGGGGGGAAGCCUGGUGGUCCAUUUGUCUCAUUUUACACCCACUUCCAAACAUGCCUUUUACAAUGGGGAAAGAAAAAAAUGAGGCCUGAGUGACAUUAGCCUCAGCUACACUGUGACACUGCUUAAGCAAGCCAAGCAAAAGGAAGAAUAAGGCGCCCUCAAAAGAUGGUGCCCUAAGCCUCCAGGUGGCCAGGAGGGAUUGCUAAUAUGGAGAAAGAUCUUGAAUAGACAACGUCCAUUGUAGGCUCAGCUCCCCUGCGUCAUGUGGAAUAUCCUACGCCCAUUUGCUGCUGCCGCUUUAUUAGACCUACAAAUGUAGCCACCGAUCUCUCCAGUUCUUCCAGCACCCACCCUGCCCUGUGUCUAAAGCUCUAUUGCAUUGUGGCAUCCAGUCUAGCAUCCUUGGAUUCCUUUCCCUGCUCACAGCAAGCUGUGGUGGGCAGAACUGAGCACAGCACAGGGGAGUGGCAGUGGCUUGGGAUAGUUCUCAGGUGAUGGUCCGUGGGGUUGGGAGUUGGGCUUGGAGUUGAAUUUGAGAUCUAACUGGCUCUGAGGAGUACAGGGACCUACCAUGACCUCUCCCCCAGUGUUUGAAGGAUUAAACCGCUCUGCUCUGCUUAAUGUUUUAGAAAUGCAGUGACUGGCCCUGCUCUCACCCUGACAGCCUUUCUGGAGGUAAAAGUAUCCCUCGGUUUGUUUUUGUAAAUUUCCGGUGAGAUUUCUGUGUCUACUAGGUAGAAGGCAUGUAAGUCCGAGGUGGUGUUUUAAGCAUUUCCCAGGGAAUGUUGUUGAGUAAACUACCAUGCUUUGUUUGGGGUGUUCUGUACCGUUUGGAAUGUUUGUUGUAGCUGUGGGCCACCGACGUCCAGUCUGGACUAUUUGUAGCUGUGUAGACUAUUUGAAGUCUAUUUGAUAUUUUCAGUUGUCUUCUAAAAUGUGUUUGUAAACAUGCCUUGACUUGACAUUGUUAGGGGCGUAGGAGACUUGUCACUGAAGAGAGUGACUCCCUGCCUGUCCAUGGGCAGCCUGGUAGGUGACAGCAUUGAGACUUGGAAGGCCUCAUAGAUCAUGACCGACCUUGGACUGUUGAGAUGGCUCGGCAGGUAAACAAAGUUUGCAGGCCAAGUCUGACAACCUGACUUGUGACAGUGAAGGAGCGGUAAUGCCGGCUGGGAAUUGUUGUGACUUCCACAGAUGUACCAUGGGAUCCAUGUGCGUUAUAAGAAAGGGUUAUGUAAAAUCCAAGGCUGAUGGCUCUAAAGUCAGGCAGCUCAUGGAGUUAUAAGUGAGAGGGUAGACAAGGAAUGAGCCCUGCUGAACCUUCUCUGAGUUAUACAGGUGGGUUUCUGUGCUGUGGUUUCUGCUGAUAGACCAGAGGAUAAGCCCAGCCUUCUUGAAGACUUGAAGACAAACAAGUCUUAAGUCAGAGGGAUGAGGGGAAGUAGGAGUCACAAACCUGCUCACCUUUAUUUUUGUCUUAAGUCUGCAUCGGAAGAUGCAGAAGGCAGUGUUAUCUAUCAAUAGGUCAUGAUUAGCCCUGCUGAUUGGAGAGUAAAAUCUGGCUGUAAAUACAAUAUCCAAAAGACCUGACUACAUCUUCAUUCUCCAGCAAGAAAAAAAAA